AUGGAGAACCUGAAACCAGACGAACUACCUAACAUUUUGCCCGGACAAUCUCUUCUGGGGAAGGAAUGGCAUGGCUUAUUUGAAACCAAGGUUGAUUUUUCCUCUAAACAUUUCAAAAAGGCGAUGUUGAACCUUAUUAGAGAACCCAAUAUAAACUCAACUGUCAUCUUACGAGCUGAUAUUUUGAUAGAAAACGACUACAUUGACAAAUCGUUUGUGGACAAGGCAAGUGAUCAUAUAGAUUUGCCAAACAUGGAGAACAAAGAGAAUUCGGUUCUAACCAAAAACAUUGAUGAUACUACAGUUAGAACGAUACCACUCAGCUCAAAUCUAAAGUUGGUACCAGCUUUGGAAAUUGUUCGUCGCAUAAUUCCUAGGAAUCCCUUCAAAGAUUGCAUAAUUAACCAAACCUGCUUGUUGUUACAGGACUCUCUUAAUGACGAUGCUGAAGUUACACAAUCUCUUAUUGUAUACGUGGCCCACUUAGAUGACCCGGAGGAUAUUCCGUUCUAUCUGCCAUGUGUUAAAGCCGUUGCAUUGUUUUUUGAUAAAGGAUCUCUCUCUGUUCACUACCUUCCAUUUGAUAUCGAAGAGGUCCAAAAAUGGAAACCAACAGACCGCCCAGUCAGAACUGCUUACCGUCUGUUAAAAACAUGUAAGAAACAUUCUGAAGGUGUGAUGUCUGGUUAUGAAAAACGGGUCAACCAUGACUUAAUUGUGCCUAAAGAAGAUUUUCAAAAUCGAUAUAUUUCUUUGAAAAGAAAAUAUUCAAAGAACCUUGUGGAUAAUUGGAAAGAAUCAACAGAUCCAAGAAAACAUGUCUUUGAAGACUUAGCUAUAGCAGCAUUCUUAAUUGAACUUUGGAGUCAAAAAUACCCUUCUAAGGAUUCCUUCCAAUUUAGAGAUCUAGGCUGUGGCAAUGGGUUGCUGGUAUACAUCCUUAUCAUGGAGGGCUAUCAUGGAAUGGGAAUUGAUGCACGUCGUAGAAAAUCAUGGGAUUCCUAUCCAGAAUCUAUUCAAGAAAAUCUUCUAGAACAAGUCAUCAUUCCUAGUGUCUUACUUCGUCCACAUCCAGCAAUGAUUGCUGUUAACCCAUAUCUCACCGACAAUGGGUGCAUUUUCCAGGUCCCCGUGCCGUUAAAACACAUUCACGAUACUACUAGCAGAUCUCUGAUUGAUUCUAAUGUCCCCAUAAUGGCAUACUACUCAAGCGCCACGUUAUUGGAAUCACCUCAUGUGAAUACUGCCGAAUUUCCCCCAAACACUUUUUUGAUUGGUAAUCAUUCUGACGAGCUUACUUGCUGGAUGCCUUUAUUGAGGUUUCCCUUCUUGGUUAUCCCUUGCUGCUCACAUGCAUUAGAUGGCUCUAAAGCCAGAUUUCCUCCUCGUAAGGUUAAACGCAACGAUAAAGUUCAGCCUACUUCAUUCCAAUCAGCUUCUUCAUACGCAGGAUUAGUAGACCACGUAGAGGAUCUUGCAACUCAAGUCGGCUGGAAAGUGGAGAAGGAGAUGCUCCGUAUCCCUAGCACUAGAAAUGCUGCUCUGAUUGGAUUCGAUUGUUUAAACCCAGAAACCGAUGGGCCUUUUAAGUCAAUCUAUGAGAUACUUGCUAUGGAGGGAGGGGCAGAGGGUUGGGUUGAGAACGCCAUGGCAUUAUCCAGUAGAAGCCCUAGAGGGCACUAA